GCUUCCGCUCUCUGUUUCCACUCUCCACCCAGACCUGGGACCACUAGCAGAGGCCCCUCGCACCCAUGGACAUGUGGGCCCUCAGCCUGAAGGCCGGUGGGCCUUGCCUCACGCCGAGGCCACCCCGGCCGGCGAUGUCCUCCCCCCUUGCCGCCGCCGGCGAGAUCGGCUCGCUGGCUGUGGGGCCGACGAGGUGGAGGCGGCAGCCGGCGCGGUGGCCGAGGUUGGCGGUGAGCGCGUCGGGGAGGAAGAGCAAGAACAGCCGAGAGGACGGCGACGAGCCCAAGGACAAGGCCUCCUCUUCCGGAAAAGAUGAUGCAUCUGCUCCAGGUGCAGAUGCUUCUAACCGAAUGGGCCAAAAUCACGGUGAACCAAAAUCAAAUGACAUGAUGUAUGUGAAUAGCAACUUAUCAUAUUGGCGAGACGUGAGAGCAAGCUUUGUGAUUCCAAAGUUGGAGCAAACAAUAGGUGCAAAUACUCAACCACAGACAGCUAAGGAUGAACCAGUAUACUGUCUUCCCUGGAAGUGGGCUCAUUCUAUUCCAAUGCCAGAGUCUGGGUGCGUGUUAGUUGCCACGGAAGAGCUUGAUGGGAAUGGUACCUUUGAGAGAACUGUCAUCCUUCUCCUAAGACUAGGCUCAAGAGAUGCCUAUGAUGGCCCGUUUGGUAUCAUCCUGAACCGUCCACUGUACACGAAGAUGAAACAUGUGAACCCAUCCUUUGGAGAGCAGGCCACCCCUUUUGGUGAUUGCUCCCUCUUGUUUGGAGGCCCUGUCGACAUGAGCAUAUUUUUGAUGAGGAUGAAUGAUGGAAGACCGAUCAAGGGGUUUGAAGAGGUGGUACCAGGUGUCUGCUUUGGUUUCCGGACUGACCUGGAGAAGGCCAGUGCUCUUCUGAAGAAUGGUGCAGUUAAGCCUGAAGACCUGAAGUUCUAUGUGGGGUACUCAGCUUGGGAUCAUGACCAGUUGUUGAGUGAGAUUGAUGCAGGAUACUGGGUUGUCACUUCCUGCAGCUCAGGCCUGAUCACAGAUGCGCUAACUGCAGAUCCUUCUUGCCUGUGGACUGAGAUAUUGCAGCUGAUGGGAGGCCAAUACUCGGAGCUGAGCCAAAAGCCGAAACAAGAUGGGGUGUAAACAUUGCUUGCUUGCAGCAUAGUUUGCCACCAUUGAUGUGGCCAAUUUGUACAUAAUUGAGUAAUCUGACCUGGUUACAGCCAGUGUGAUCGCCCUGCUCUAGGUAGCUGCGUCCAGGGACUAUUUUACUUUGUUUGUUUUACUUAGUGAAAUAACGAUGCCAAGUACUGGCACAAUUAGCAGUGGUACGUGAGCACGUGUAGUUAUUUGACGGCUCCUGCCUGCCGUGCCCAAAGAUGAUACUUUAUCUGGUGUUUAUAUUGCAUCUGAUGAGACUUCUGCACUA